AACCAGCUAUAUCAACACCAACGCUUCAUAAAAUGGUUUCCAUCAACGGGAUUUUGCUGAAAACAGUUAUAUUGGUCUCCUUCUUUAUAUUAUUAUUUUCAGCAAAUGCAGAAAGCAGGCCUCUGAGAAGCAAACGGGCAGUGAAUGAAGUGCAGCUGAUGCAUAACCUCGGCGUUCAUAAGCAUGUGGAGCUGAGGCAGGACUGGCUGCAGAUGAAACUGCGGGGAAUCCACACGGCAUCAGUCAAAAACACGGACAUUAUUCCCGAACUCAAGGAGCUGAAUCCAGGGGAAGCUGAAGAGAUCAUGGCCGUUUUGGAAAAGCUCAUGAACCCAUCAUGAAAACAGAUUAGGAUAACAGCGCAUGGGAUUGACUCAGGGAACGAAAUCAAGCUGCUCAACAAAUAGCCUUAAUUAUUUUAUUAACAAUAUUUAUUUUUUCUAAAAGUGGAUUAUUUAUUGCUGUUUUGCAUAUUUUCCUUAGCGGCUAAGCCGUGUAACAUUGUAGCUGAAAGCAUUUAGGCUAUGUUUAUGCAGCCUAACCUAGUACUGUUUACAGAGAAAAAUGCUGUAGGACCAAAUGUUUCUGAAGAGAGAAGCUUUUAUUU